AAACCUAAUUAGGGACAUCAUAUUAUGGUGGUGGUACACCACCUUCAUUAAAUUCACAACCACUGUACUCUCCAUCAUUCCACACUUUCUGAUCUCCCAUGAUUCUCUUGCCACCCCCUUUCGCUAUGGCUUCUCUUCCUCUGCUCAACUGCUCAUGAAUCUCAUCUUUUAUUUUUUUUUUUAAUAUUUCCUAUUAAUUAUCUUUUCCUUCCUAUUGACUGCACUGUAACUUGAGAGAGAGAGAGAGAGAAUGAGUCAUCACUCAUGCUGCAAUAGACAGCAGGUCAGGAGGGGACUGUGGUCACCUGAGGAAGAUGAGAAACUCAUCAAUUACAUUUCCACCUAUGGCCAUGGCUGUUGGAGCUCAGUUCCUAGGCUUGCAGGCUUGAAAAGAUGUGGGAAGAGUUGCAGACUAAGAUGGAUUAAUUACCUUAGACCUGACUUAAAACGAGGGAACUUUUCUCUGGAAGAAGCAUCCCUUAUCAUACAACUCCAUAGAAUUCUUGGUAACAGAUGGUCUCAGAUAGCCAAGCACCUGCCAGGAAGAACUGAUAAUGAAGUGAAGAACUUCUGGAACUCAAGCAUAAAGAAGAAGCUCCUCUCUGGUGCUGUUUCUGAUCAACUAGCCACCAUUCCUGAUAUCUCCAUGGCCAAUCAGUGGUCUCAGAUAGCCAAGCACCUGCCAGGAAGAACUGAUAAUGAAGUGAAGAACUUCUGGAACUCAAGCAUAAAGAAGAAGCUCCUCUCUGGUGCUGUUUCUGAUCAACUAGCCACCAGUCCUGAUAUCUCCAUGGCCAAUCAGUUCCAUUCUGGUUUGACUGUAAACCCUAACUUCAUCAUCAGUUCCCAAAAAGAAUAUUUUCAACUUCCCAAUCCCAUAUCAGUGCUUCAAACUUCCAACAAUGGUGAUCUCAAUUCACCUGGAAUGACCCCCACAAUGUUGCAGUAUGGAUCUCCUUCUGACCCAAUUAUGUCUUUGAGUUAUCAAUCUCUUCACACCCAAGUUGAUUCCAAGUUCAUCACUUCCACAGCUUCUGGUGAUCAUGGUGAUCCUCUGGUGAUGCCUGAGAUGCCAAAACUGUUGGAGAUGUUGGACUUGGACAUGGAUGAAUAUACUGGUUUGCUAUCAUCAUCAUCUUCUUCUUCUUCUGGUGCUACACAUGAAGUUGGUCACCCAAGCACUGCUAGCCUUCCAAAUUUGCCAUCUGGUUCUUACCCAUAUCUACCCACCAACCAAAUGGAGUAUAUUGUUGGUAUGAACCCUAAUCUGACUUCUUCAAAUUGGAUUCCAUAGACCUGUGCUUGGGUUGGUACCUGGUAUAGGAUAUAACCUAGCUUGUCCUCUCUAGCUUCCUCUCCCAGCUGUUGAUGUGCUAGGGUCUAAUUAAAUGUAGUGUUACUAAAAAUUUAUAAUUGAUGGGCUCAGUGUUCUUAAAAGGAGAUGCAUGUAUUAUAUGAAAAGUCCUCUACCAAAAAAAAAAAAAAAAACGAAAAAAAGGUAUUAUAUGAAAAGUCUAGUCGUGCUCUUUACCAGUGAUACAUAGAUAUGUCCCUGACCCAUAUAUAUUUGGAGGUUAUAUAGCCAUAUAGGCUUUUUCUUGGUUAUGAUGAAAGUUUUUAAAUAAAGUGCUAAAGUUGCAGACAUUCACUUGUCAUGUAUGGUCUCAUGUUUCCACUAUGUACUUGGAAAUUUUUUUUUAUGCUUAUUAUUGUUAUUUUGUUUAGUUCCCGAA